AUGGAUGAAAUGAAAAAUGGCGACAGGAGUACUGUGCGACAGGAAAGUCCCUAUUCGACUGAAGUCGAAGAUCUACAGGACGAUUGUGCGUCCUGUUGCCCUUUAUGGAUGCGAGUGCUGGCCAACGACGAAAGCCUCGGAAAGAGUGUUGCACGCUAUGGAGAUGCAGAUGUUGAGGUGGACGAUAGGUGUAACGCUAAAGACAAAGUAUCAAACGAUAAUAUACGCUCCAUCUUCGACGUGGUCCCGAUAACUGAGAAGACGAAGAAGAUGCGACUGAGAUGGUUUAGUCACGUCUUGAUGAGAGAGGAAAAUUCAGUUGCCAAAACCGCUCUGAAGUUCGAAGUUUCAGGUGUAAGACCGCGCGGGAUGCCAAGGAUUCGCUGGUUGGGCCGUAUAAAGCUGGAUAUGAUAGAUGGGCGUUUGUGUUUCUUGCAAUUUUCGCUUCUGAUGCAAUGGGUUGAACCAAAUGGAAGACAAGAAGCAUAA